AUGUCCAACCAGGCUGUCGGCAAUGUCUACCAGACGAUCAUCAACGAAGUCAUCGACGGCUCUCGCGUCGACUUUGACGAGAGCGGCGUGGAAGAGUCGGUCCUUGAGGAGCUGCGCCAGGUUUGGCAGCAAAAGCUGACUCAGCUUGAUGUCGCGAGGUUCCCCUGGGAUCCAAGACCGGAGCCUACACCGGCUGCGGCAGAGCAGCAGCCACCUGCUCAGUCUUAUACCAACCCUCAGCUUCCUUUCCCGGCUGCUACUAAUGCGCAUAAUGGCGCUACCGGUGCUACCUAUAUCAAGGAAGAGCCUGGUGUUGUCAUCAAGGAGGAACCAGGCACGCAAAUUUCAGCAAUUCCCCAGUACCCGGCUUACAACGGCCUGGACAACUCCAACAGCGUCGCCGCGAAUCGUGCCGCGCAGCAGUUGCAAGCUCAGUAUGGGCAACGCGCCGCAGGCUCGAUAAACGCUAUUCAAGAUCGCAUGGGUCAACAGACGCCGCAAUCGGGCAACACAUCACAGCCGCAGCCGCCUGCGGGUCAAGCACAGCCGCGUAAUAACAAGCCGCCAGCAGCCCAGCAAGUUCAAGACCAACAGACCGAUGGUGCCGGAGAUGAAGAUGAUGAGGACUUUGAGGGCGUCCUUUUCCGGCGGAGGGAGGCUGGCACUCUGGAUGAGCUCGGUCGAGUAGAUAUCGACCGCAUCCUGCACGCCAGGAUCGCCGCUCAGGCUCGCAACAUGGAAGGCGGUGGCUUGAUGCUACCCUUGAAAGAAGCAGCCAAGAGCAAGAGCACCGCUUCAAGAAGUCACAAGGGUAAGGGAGUGGGCGCUUACGAUGGUGGAGACGAGGAUGAGGACGAAGAAGAUGAGGAUGCUAUUAACUCGGAUCUCGACGACCCUGAUGAGGAUCAAGACGAGGAUGAAGUCGAUGACGAGGGUCUUGGUCACAUCAUGCUAUGCAUGUAUGACAAAGUCCAGCGAGUCAAGAACAAGUGGAAGUGUACACUUAAAGACGGCGUUCUUACGGUGAACGGCAAGGAGUACGUUUUUCACAAGGCCACUGGUGAAUAUGAGUGGUGA